UGGCCGCCAGCUUCGGGGGGCGCUGCCCGGGGCCGGCGGGGCCCGGCGGGGCGCUCGCUCGCGGCUCGCUCGCGGCUCGGUCGCGGCCCCCUCGCUGCUCGCUCGCUGCUCCCGCCUUCCCCCGGAGGCCCGUGCGCACCGUCGCGGCGGACAUGGCGCGGCAGUGGGGGCCCUCCAUGAGGGCGGCCGAGAAGGCCGGCUGCGUGGUGAGCGCCUCCCGGGCCGGGCAGCCCGCGGCGGGCUCGUGGAGCUGCAGCGGGGUGAUCGUGAGCCGCGGCCCGGACCUGGUGCUGUGCCACGGGGGCAUCUUCACCCCCUUCCUGCGGGCCGGCAGCGCGGCGCUCACGGCGGCCGGCGCCGCCUUCCUGCGCGGCGACAGUUGCGGCGACGACCUGCGCCUGCACGUGCAGUGGGGCCCGGCGGCCGCGAGCCCCGCGGGCGGCGCGGAGCGGGGCCGGGCCGGGCUGUGCACGCCCCAGUGCGCGGCCCCCGAGCCCGGCCCGCCGGCCCGCCCCCGCGGGCGCCCCCUGCAGCCGCCGAGGCCCGCCGAGCUGCUGCUGCUGCUGAGCUGCCCGGCCUUCCGGGCCCACUUCGCGCGCCUCUUCGGGGGCGAGGCGGCCGAGCAGUGGCGCUUCGCGAGCGCGGCGCCGGACGACGAGGUGUCGGAGGAGGAGGAGGAGGACCAGCUGCGGGCGCUGGGCUGGUUCGCGCUGCUGCGCGUGCGGCGGGGCGCGGCGGCGGCGGCGGCGGCCGCCGAGCGGGAGCCGGGGCAGGAGCCGGGGCAGGAGCAGGAGCAGGAGCCGGAGCCCGAGCCGGAGCCGGCGGAGCGCGGGCCGGCCGUGGCCGUGGCGCCCCUCGGGGCCGUGCCCAAGGGCGCGCCGCUGCUGGCCUGCGGCUCCCCGUUCGGGGCCUUCUGCCCGGACAUCUUCCUCAACACGCUCAGCCGCGGGGUGCUCAGCAACGCCGCGGGCCCGCUGCUGCUCACCGACGCGCGCUGCCUGCCGGGCACCGAGGGCGGCGGCGUGUUCGCGGCGCGGCCCGCGGGGGCGCUCGUGGCGCUGGUGGCCGCGCCGCUCUGCUGGAAGGCCCGCGAGUGGGUGGGCCUGACGCUGCUGUGCGCCGCCGCCCCCCUGCUCCGCGCCGCGCGGGCCGCGCUCGGCCGCCCGGGCCCCGGCGCCCCGGCCCUGGCCGCCCUCCUGCCGCGGGAGGUGGGCGCCCCCUGCGGCCUGCCCCUCCGGGCGCCCGGGCCCCCGUGGGCAGCCGCGGCCGUGCUGGUGGAGUGCGGCGCCGUCUGGGGCUCCGGAGUGGCCGUGGCGCCCCGCCUCGUGGUGACCUGCCGGCACGUGGCCCCCCGGGAGGCGGCCAGGGUCCUGGUGCGCGCCACGCCCCCCAAGAGUGCUAUGAUCUGGGGACAUGUGGUGUUUGCCACCCAGGAGACCUCUCCCUAUGACAUAGCGGUCGUGAGCCUGGAGGAGGACUUACAGGGGAUCCCCCUGCCUGUGCCAACUGAGCACUUCCACGAAGGUGAAGCUGUCAGUGUGGUGGGCUUUGGCGUCUUUGGCCAGGCUUGCGGGCCCUCGGUGACCUCAGGCAUCCUGUCAGCCGUGGUGCGGGUGGAUGACACACCGGUGAUGCUACAGACCACAUGUGCUGUGCACGGCGGCUCCAGCGGGGGACCCCUCUUCUCCACCUGCACAGGAGACCUCCUGGGCAUCGUGGCCAGCAACACCAGAGACAAUAACACCGGGGCCACGUACCCCCACCUGAACUUCAGCGUUCCCAUCACCGUGCUGCAGCCGGCCCUGCAGCGGUACAGGCAGACAGGUGACCUGGGUGGCCUCCGGGAGCUGGACGGGGCCGCGGAGCCAGUGAAGGUGGUGUGGCGGCUGCAGCGGCCCCUGACCCAGGCGCUCUGCAGCAAGCUCUGACGCCUGGCAGCUCUCUGGUCGGAAGAGCCACCACCUCCCAGGCGCGCCGAGGGAGCAGCCCCGGGAUCCCCCCACAGGGCACACCCCAGCUGGGCCGCUGCCCCAUCACCACCUCUCGUUCAGCUCUGAAAUCUGGACCAUGCUUCCCUUCGGCCCCAUGGGUCUCCAGCCGGGUAGCCUGUUUGGGGGUGCUUUUUUGAGCCCUCACCUCCGUCUGGCCCCUGGCACUAGACUCAGCUGUACUGUUUGGCCUUCUGAGGGGCCCCGUGCAAGUGCACAGCCAUCCCGGUCCUGACACGCGGGUGCUGGCUGGAGGGCUGGCCCAGCCCUGGUUUGCACCUGUUCACUGUCUGCUGAUGGCCACUGGCCACCGGAGCAGCGGCUUCACUGGGGCAGGGGCUUCCUCAGAAACCCUUGGCGGAGCGGCGCGCUCUGAAGACCAAAGACAAAGGGAGAGAACGGCUUUCUGUUCUGCUACAUCUCUAGGUGGAGUCCCUGAAAGUUGUGGGUCUUCAUAAGUUGGGUGUCGCUGACCUCCAGGGGCACUCUGACACAGUGCCUUUACUUUCCAGCCCAUAAAAUGGGCCUCAGGGAUCUUGUGGGGUAGAAUGUGUCUGGUUGGUGGUGGGGAAUAAAGAGGAUGUUAUCCAAGAACUCUA